AUGUAUAAGAAGUGCCUCCUCAUCAAUACUCAAGGUGGCAAACUUCAUCGCUGUUGGACUGUACUCGACACCGCACAGACUUUGCAAUGUGGUGGCUUGACAACAGCCCAAACCAAAGAUCUGAUGGUCCUCGGGUGGCUAGUAGAAAUUCUCAAUGCAGGUUACCUCAUCUGGGAUGAUAUCAUGGAUGGUUCUCUUACGCGCCGCGGAAAGCCAUGUUGGUACCGACGCGAGGAAAUCGGGCUGAUGUCCAUCAAUGACGCUUGCCUCCUCACGUCGAGCGUUUUCGUCGUUUUGAAGACUCAUUUCAAAACCCAUCCUGCCUAUCAUGACCUGGUCGAUAUGUUCCGAGAGACUGCACUGCAAAUCGAGAUCGGUCAAUCCUAUGACCUACUCACGGCCUCAAAAGAUUAUGGAGGACUAUCUCAAUUCACUCGCGACAAAUACAACUUCAUCAUCGAGCGGAAAACUGCUUACUACACCUCCUAUACCCCGUUGGCACUCCCGCUGGUUUAUCUUCAGCUUGCGACUCCUCGCAACCUGAGCGAGCUGUAUAGAGUGGCUUUGUCCCUUGGUCAGUACUACCAAGUACGCAACGACUAUUUGGAUGUGUUUGGUGAUCCUGAGGUCACGGGAAAAGCAGGCAGUGAUAUACAGGAGAACAAAUUGACUUGGCUUGUUCUCGAAGCGCUGGAGCGGUGUGAUGAGGACCAAAAGAAGGUCCUGAAAACCUUUUAUGGUAGCUCAGAGGAUGAGGGUGUUGCCAAAGUGCUAGCUGUAUUCGUUGAGUUGGACUUGGACCAUGUUUACCAAGUGUGGAAGCAGGGGAAGAUUGCUGCUAUCCGGGAAAUGAUUGAGUCAGUGGACGAGUCAGAAGGACUAAACAGGAAUAUUUUCAAUGUCUUCUUGUCCAAACUCGAGGGAGAUCGCAUGAGGAAGGUCGGCGUACUGGCAAACUAG